AUGCAGAUUCGUAAAGUGACUAAACCAGAUCAGUGGUCAUACAUAUCAACAGACAAAAAUCCAGCUGAUCAAGCAACGAGACAGAUACCAGCUCAAGCUCUACAAGACAGUACUUGGUUGUCAGGACCAUCACUUGCACACUUACAACAGACUGAAUAUGCAAGUAUACCCUAUGAGAUGGUGGAUCCAGAUUCAGACAAGGAUGUCGGACAAGAAAUCACUUGUUUAAAGGUUGAUAUCUCGGGACUCGGAUUGAAAUCAGAAAGAUUCUUACGUUUUUCUCAGUGGAGGAGACUUGUUGAAACUAUCGCCAGACUUCAACAUAUAGCGCGAUCCUUUCAUCAAAGAGACAGUAAAUGUUCUGGAUGGCAUGUGUGUGAAAAUUCAAAAACCGUGGAAAGUUUUGACAAAGCUGAGAAAUUUAUCAUCAAAACUGUGCAGAGUGAAGUGUAUUCAGAAGAAAUUCAGUGCAUUUUGAAAGAAAAACCUCUGCCUAGAGAUAGUAACAUUCUACCUCUUUCACCAUUCUUGGAUAAAGAUGGAAUUCUGAGAGUCGGCGGACGUCUCAACAAAAGUUCUCUACCAAUCAGUGAGAAAAAUCCAGUGAUAAUACCAAGAAACCAUCACAUAGCGUUGUUGAUUGCUCGUUACUACCAUGAACUCUGUAUACAUCAAGGUCGCCACUUCACAGCAGGAGCAAUUCGUAGUGCUGGAUUCUGGAUAAUAGGAGCCAGAAGAUUAGUUUCAUCCAUGCUUCACUACUGUGUCAAAUGCAGAAAAUUACGUGGAAAACUAUUGUGUCAAAAAAUGUCAGACCUUCCUACAGAUCGUUUGGAUCCUGGCCCACCUUUUACAUACAUCGGCCUAGAUACUUUUGGUCCUUGGGAGAUAGUUACUCGACAGACGCGUGGAGGAUCUGUGAACUCAAAAAGAUGGGCGAUUUUAUUUACCUGUCUUACAACGAGAGGAAUUCACAUUGAAGUUGUGGAGGAGUUAAGCUCCUCAUCAUUUAUCAACGCCUUUAAGAGGUUUGAAGCCAUUCGAGGAAAAGUUACCCAAAUUUGUUCAGAUCAAGGAACCAAUUUCGUGGGUGCUAUAAAUGACCUGAAAAUCGAUUCAUCUGGACUCAACAUAGCAGACCGUAAAAUCAGAAACUUCCUUUACGAGUGUGGAACUACUUGGAAGUUUAACCCACCCCACUCUUCGCACAUGGGUGGCGCAUGGGAACGCCUCAUUGGAGUCGUAAGACGUGUAAUUGAUGCUGUUAUGUUGGAGAUACCGGCCAGAUCUCUCACUCAUGAGAUACUUACAACAUUCAUGGCUGAAGUUUCAGCGAUCGUUAACGCCAGACCGUUAGUCCCCUUAUCGGAAGAUGCAGAUGAUCCGUACCCACUGAGCCCUUCUAUGAUACUUACCCAGAAAACUCCUGUGAUCGUCGACUUCCCUGUUGACAAGAUGAACAUGUAUCAAGCUCAGUGGAAACGCGUACAGCAUAUGGCAGAUUUAUUCUGGACACGCUGGAGGAAAGAGUAUCUUCAUACUCUACAGAUUCGUCGCAAAUGGACGCGCAUUGAAAGAAACAUUACGAAGGGUGAUAUUGUGUUGCUUCGCGACAAGAAUGUUCACCGUAACCUUUGGCCUAUGGGUGCCAUUGUAAAAACGUUCCCUAGUGAUGACGGGAAAGUGCGGAAAGCCGAAAUACAUGUGGUGAGACGUGGCUGCCAGCCGUCCACAUUUAUCCGUCCGGUGACCGAGAUAGUGUUGCUUCUUGCCAAUGACGUAGUGUAG